CUUGGAUUGUUCGAUGCGGUUCCUCGGGGAUGUUGGUCAAAGCGAUACAGAUAUAGCCGUAACUUAGUUGAGCAUGCUCGUGAUGCGAAAGUUUUCUCCUCAAGUGCAAGCAUAGGAAGUGGGGCUGAGCGUGCCCUGCAUUCCACUUCUGGUUUGAGCUCAGCUCUGAGCCACAUCGGUAUUGCGUGAACCCCUCAACUUCAGCUUCAUAAUGGCACCGGUUAGUGAUAUCGUAGGCAUAGAUAUCUCCGCAACUCCCUAAAGCGAUUCUUCCGUACGAUGGAAGUCACCAGACGCGGACAGUCUGGCCAACUGCAACAAUACAGCUCAAACCACACGUCUGGUUUUGCCACAGACCUUACAGUUUAUUCAACCCAACCCUGUUCCGUAUCAAUCUGCUGCGAAAGCCUCCAAGCAGAAGGACUCGACAAUGAGCGUAGUCCCCGCAAGUGCCUCCGUACCGACCACAGCAGCCAGUGGACAUAGGCCGAACCAUAUUCUUAUUAGAUCGCCCGUAAAUUUGAACCACAUCGUUGUGGAACGGAGUGUUUAGGCAUUCCGGUUGGCGUGAGAUUAUAUAUCUGUUGAACUACACCAUGUGGCAUGUCACACCACUAGUUGCGGAACACGCGCUAGUAGCGUGCUCUGCCAUGGAGGUGUGUAUUCGCAACUGCCAACAUUCCACCUGUCAGACACAAGCCCACCAAUCUGCGAAUGGACAUCUGAUGCUGGCCCAGUGUGACAAGGCUUAUCAAUCCGUGCGAAUGAGCAGUACACACCCCGGGGCUCUCAUAGAUGUAUCUGAGGGACAUCUACACGAAUGCACUGAGAAGUAUACGCUCCUCAACAACCCAGCCCACCCACUACUGCGGAGACACCACCAGCAGCAGUUCAUGGGUGCCUUGCUCACGGGAUCUGUAUAGCCUACAGCACGAUAGAGCUCGAUUUAUAGAGCACGACAAUGUUCUAUUUAUAGAGCACGAUAAUGUUCUAUUUAUAGAGCACAACAAUGUUCUAUUCAUAGAGCAGAAUAAUGUUCUAUUUAUAGAGUAGACCCCAUUUGCUGAAUAUAAAAUCUUACUCCACGUGGGUUCACUUGUCUGAUAGAGAGCACUUCAGACACUUGUCGUACACGACUAUCCGUUCGCCUACAUUGGCCUCUUCCGCAAACCCCGAUAUAAAAGUCCUCGUCUCGGAAGUUACAGUAGAUCAUACCCAAUACGGUUCGACUUGUACACUCCAAAGAGCGUCUUCAGCUUCUUCACCGC